AUGGUUGAGGAAUCUGUGAAACAAGUUGCUGAGCAACUUGCCAAGGUUGAUCCAAACGUCGAAAAGGAACAAGUUAUCACUCCAUGGGAUGUUGAAGGUGCUGUUGAUGACAAAGGUGUCGCACAAUCGAUUGAUUACGAUAAGUUAAUUUCCAAAUUUGGUACCAAAUCUGUCAAUCAAGAAACCUUGGACAGAUUUGAAAGGGUUACUGGUCAUAAACCACACCAUUUUCUACGUAAAGGCUAUUUUUUCAGUGAACGUGACUUUAACAAGAUUUUAGAUCUGUAUGAACAAGGUAAACCAUUUUUCUUAUAUACUGGUAGAGGUCCAUCGAGUGGCUCUAUGCAUAUGGGUCAUAUGAUUCCAUUUUUGUUUACCAAAUGGUUACAAGAAGUGUUCGAUGUUCCUUUGGUUAUUGAAUUAACCGAUGAUGAAAAAUUUUUGUUUAAGCCUAAAUUGACUAUUGAUGACGUUAAAAAGUUUGCUAAAGAAAAUGCUAAAGAUAUUGUUGCUGUUGGUUUCAACCCAGAGAAUACUUUCAUUUUCUCUGAUUUACAAUACAUGGGUGGUGGAUUUUAUGAAACAGUUGUUCGUGUCUCUAGACAAAUUACCGGUUCUACAGCCAAGGCUGUCUUUGGUUUCACUGACUCUGAUUGUAUUGGUAAAUUCCAUUUUGCCUCUAUCCAAAUUGCCACAGCAUUCCCAAGUUCAUUCCCUGAAGUAUUGGGUUUACCACCAAAGACUCCAUGUUUAAUUCCAUGUGCCAUUGAUCAAGAUCCAUAUUUCAGAGUCUGCAGAGAUGUUGCCGAAAAAUUGAAAUACAGUAAGCCUGCUUUGAUUCAUUCCAAGUUCUUCCCAGCUUUGCAAGGUUCUUCUACCAAGAUGUCUGCCUCUGAUGACACAUCUGCUAUUUUUGUCACUGAUACUCCAAAGCAAAUACAAAAGAAAAUUAACAAAUAUGCUUUCAGUGGUGGUAAAGUUACUUUAGAGGAACACAGAAAAUACGGUGGUGACCCAGAUAUUGAUGUUGCUUACCAAUACCUAAAUUUCUUUAAAGAUGAUGAUGAAUUCUUGAAGGAUUGUUACAACAAAUAUAAGUCUGGUGAACUAUUAUCCGGUGAAAUGAAGAAAUUAUGUAUAGAUGUCUUACAAGAAUUCGUUAAGGCAUUCCAAGAACGUAGAGCUAAGGUUGACGAUGAGACACUAGAAAAAUUCAUGAAACCACACAAACUUGUCGGUGGUCAAAAGGAAAGAUUAGUUCCAAUUAAGCCAAAGGAAGCUAAAGCUAAAAAAUGA